GCAGGCUGGGGCUCCGCUCAGCCGGAGACUGGAGCGCUUCACUGAGCGCUCGCCGCGCCCAGCCUCUCCCAGCGUGCCUCCCGGCUCUAGUAGAGCAACCCAGAGCCAGGAGUGGUUCAAAGCGGCGGGGUGGAAAGGUCGAGUCUAGCCGGUGUUUCUCUGCUCUCGCUUCUUUUUCUCUCAGCCCUUCCUACUUGUGUGAGAGCAAGGGUGCGAGGCAUGGAGCAGAAAGGCUGGACUCUGCAGUGUACCGCUUUCGCCCUCUUUUGCGCUUGGUGUGCACUGAACAGUGUAAAAGCCAAGAGGCAGUUUGUCAAUGAAUGGGCGGCGGAGAUCCCCGGAGGACCAGAGGCUGCCUCUGCCAUCGCUGAGGAGCUGGGCUAUGACCUCUUGGGUCAGAUUGGAUCACUUGAAAAUCACUACUUAUUCAAACACAAAAAUCAUCCUCGAAGGUCCCGAAGAAGUGCUCUUCAUAUUACUAAGAGGUUAUCUGAUGAUGAUCGUGUGAUAUGGGCUGAACAACAGUAUGAAAAAGAGAGAAGUAAACGUUCAGUUCAAAGGGACUCGGCAUUGAAUCUCUUCAACGAUCCAAUGUGGAAUCAGCAGUGGUACUUGCAAGAUACCAGGAUGACUGCAGCUCUGCCAAAGCUGGAUCUUCAUGUGAUACCUGUUUGGCAAAGGGGCAUUACAGGCAAAGGAGUUGUUAUUACUGUACUGGAUGACGGAUUGGAGUGGAAUCACACAGACAUUUAUGCCAAUUAUGAUCCAGAGGCUAGCUAUGAUUUUAACGAUAAUGAUCACGAUCCAUUUCCCCGAUAUGAUCCCACAAAUGAAAACAAACAUGGAACUAGAUGCGCAGGAGAAAUUGCCAUGCAAGCAAAUAAUUACAAGUGUGGGGUUGGAGUUGCAUACAAUUCCAAAGUCGGAGGCAUAAGAAUGCUGGACGGCAUUGUAACUGAUGCUAUUGAGGCCAGUUCAAUUGGAUUCAACCCUGGCCAUGUGGACAUUUACAGUGCAAGCUGGGGUCCUAAUGAUGAUGGGAAAACGGUGGAGGGGCCUGGCAGGCUAGCCCAGAAAGCAUUUGAAUAUGGUGUCAAACAGGGGAGACAAGGGAAGGGGUCCAUCUUUGUCUGGGCUUCCGGAAAUGGGGGCCGUCAGGGAGAUAACUGCGACUGUGAUGGUUACACAGACAGCAUUUACACCAUCUCCAUCAGCAGUGCCUCACAGCAAGGCCUGUCACCCUGGUAUGCAGAGAAGUGUUCCUCCACACUGGCCACCUCCUACAGCAGUGGUGAUUACACAGACCAGCGAAUAACGAGCGCUGACCUACACAAUGACUGCACAGAGACCCAUACAGGCACCUCAGCUUCUGCACCCCUGGCUGCUGGCAUUUUCGCUCUGGCCUUGGAAGCAAACCCAAAUCUCACCUGGCGAGAUAUGCAGCAUCUUGUUGUCUGGACCUCUGAGUAUGACCCCUUGGCCAACAACCCAGGUUGGAAAAAGAAUGGUGCAGGCUUGAUGGUGAACAGUCGGUUUGGAUUUGGCUUGCUAAAUGCCAAAGCUCUAGUGGAUUUGGCUGAUCCUAGGACCUGGAGCAGUGUGCCUGAGAAGAAAGAAUGUGUGGUAAAAGACAAUAACUUUGAGCCUAGAGCCCUGAAAGCUAAUGGAGAAGUGAUUGUUGAAAUCCCAACUAGAGCUUGUGAAGGACAAGAAAAUGCUAUCAAGUCUCUGGAACAUGUGCAAUUUGAAGCAACAAUCGAAUAUUCUCGUAGAGGAGACCUUCAUGUCACACUCACUUCAGCUGCUGGAACCAGCACCGUACUAUUGGCUGAAAGGGAAAGGGAUACAUCCCCCAAUGGCUUUAAGAAUUGGGACUUCAUGUCUGUUCAUACAUGGGGAGAGAAUCCUGUAGGCACUUGGACACUGAAAAUUACAGAUAUGUCUGGAAGAAUGCAAAAUGAAGGAAGGAUUGUGAACUGGAAGCUGAUUUUGCACGGGACCUCUUCUCAGCCAGAGCACAUGAGGCAGCCCCGUGUGUACACAUCCUACAAUACUGUCCAGAAUGACCGGAGAGGGGUGGAGAAGAUGGUGAAUGUGGUGGAGGAGCAGCCCACACAAAAGAGCCUAAAUGACAACCCCCUGGCGCCCAAAAGCUCCAGCAGCAGCAGCAGUGUGGAGGGCAGAAGGGAUGAACACGUACAAAGAGCUCCUUCAGAGGCCAUGCUACGGCUCCUACAAAGUGCUUUUAGCAAGAACCCACCUUCAAAGCAAUCACCAAAGAAGUCUCCAAAUGCAAAGCUCAGCAUCCCUUAUGAGAGUUUCUAUGAAGCACUGGAAAAGCUCAACAAACCCUCCCAGCUUGAAGACUCUGAGGACAAUCUGUACAGCGACUAUGUUGAUGUUUUCUAUAAUACAAAACCUUAUAAGCAUAGAGAUGACAGGCUGCUGCAAGCUCUUGUGGACAUUCUGAAUGAUGAAAAUUAAAAGAAGCGUAUGGCCCGAGUUGGAAAUCUUCAUGCCCUGCCUUCCCUCACAUGUUCCUUGGCCUUGAGUUGUUUUGUCACUGGUUCCUAUGCUUAUAAUGUUCUUCAUGGUAGUUUAACUUUUUCUCAUCAAACUCUCCCUUUGUGUGAGUUCUGAAAGGCAAGACAGCUUCAUGAAUUGGCCCUGGUAUCUCAGAAUGUCUUCUCCGUCUGUACAAGGGAAGUAACUUCUUUCCAAAGUCACUGUUGACAUACAGCUCUUUGUCUUAAGAGACAUUUCCCCACUUCAUAUCUCACAAGAAUAGGAAAAGAGCAGAAGAUCCAUUUUAAUUUUGAAAAGUAAUCUAUAAACGUGGGUUUGGGGGCUGCAGUUUAUCUUCUUUUCUAUGUUUUCAAUGGGGCACUUUGAAUUUUGGUCACAAGGAAGCAUUUAAAAAGUAACUAAAGUAUAAAAUAUGUAGGCCCAUACCCUAAUCCUUUCUGCACCAUGUGUGUUGCUCAUGCUGAGGCUGAUAAUCUGACCAUUUAGGAGUAGCUGGAAUAAAAUGCAUUAUUUAGAUACAGAAACAUAUCUUAAAAUUUCUAUUAGCUGGAAUGGCCAUGGAAUAUGCCUGUUCUUGAUUGGUAUACCAUGUAGAUGUCUCUGUGGAUCCAAAGCUGGCCGUUACUUGUUAUAUAUAUGACCUGGCCUUCUUCCCCUUAUGUCUUUUUGCUUUCUCUAUGAGCUACACACUCAAAAUCAAAGAACGAAUUCCUAUCAUUUUCUCGGAACAAAAUUAUGCCUGAAGUUUGGCAAAUUCCUAGUCAUACUUUUGUUUAAUAACGAGCAGCCACUCAAAAUAUAUUGAACCAGUGUAAUAAUGGGGAUAAUGUUCCCAAAGGGGAGAAGCCAUAUCACUUUUCACAAGCUGUGUUCCUAGGACAGGUUCUUCUGGCUUUCUAUAAAUGAGUGUUCAUUUCCCGACACCACAGGCUCUUCUCUGUCUUAAAGGGACAGUAUUGAAAUUCUUACCAAACUGCUUCCAUGUUUCAAAUCAGAAAACAGGUGGAUAGUACUUUGAUUUUAUUUCUCCUUUCUGCAAGUUAUGCAGAAGGUUUGAAAAGUGUGAAGGACUGUUAAAAGUGUGAAAUGUCACAUAAAAUCUCAUUCUCAGACCCAUCUUCCACCACAAUAGCUAGAAGUGACACCUUCCAAGUAAGAGUCAAAGUCCACCUUCCCUGGCUGACUUUUGUUUUUUUGUUUUUUUUUUUUUUAUAAUAGGCAUCUUAUGUGUUACUACUCAGCAUCCAAUAAGCAUUUUUUAUUAACAUCUGGUAGUUGUAGAAGGUAAGGUUUCACUUCGACAUUCUCAUGCAUAUAUUUCAUGUGCUGGUACAAUGUCCAUCCUGCAGUAGCCUCUCUUCUGUCUCUCCUUACUUGUCCUCUUGCUCUUCACAAGUAGUCCUGCUCCCAAGUUCAUGUCUUUUCAUUUAAUCCAGAUUUCACAUAUUAGAGAAAAUGUGAUGUCUUUCAAUGCAUGUAAUUUUUCCCACUCUCGUACUAGAAGAAUCCGCAUAAAGUAUAAGUGCAUUAGAAAAAAGAUUUCUCGCAAUUAUUUCCAGGCAGGCUCUGCUAUUAAUAAUUGAAUUUGCUAUGACCUAAUCAGUUGUUUUUUGGUUUUUGUUUUUUGUUUUUUGUUUUUGUUUUUGUUUUUUUGUAUUUAUAAGUAAAAGGAGUAAUUCGGGCCCUAAAAAUAAGUCUUGUUUAAUAUGAGCACUUAAUCUUAUCUCACUUGGAUGUUCAUUUGUACUAUUCAUUAACUAGAGAGCCUUGCUUCCUUCCUUCCCUUAAUAUGCCAAUAUAGACUCUAGUUAACUGUAUGCCUGCAUUCUCCAACUGAGUUUCUGUUUGCAAAUUUGCUACUAAGUCUGAGCAUUCUACAGACACUCCUAGAAUUGAACUAGUUCAGAAACACAGCUCCUUUGCUUUUUUUUUUUUUUUGAGUGUGAUUAGUAGUACAAUUUUCACCUCCUGUUUCAUCAUUUGGAUUUGUACAUAACAAGGCUCUCUCCAGAGCCUUUCCCAUUAUGCUUUGAAGAUGUGUAGUAGCCCUCUCUCCUUGAAGGUUUUUCAUUGUGUUUGCUAUAAGGUUUAAAAGAAAGUUUCACUAUUGUAGCACAUUACAACUGAAAAGGACUUAAGAGCUGUUACAUUAGAUUUCAAUUAAUUAAAAAAGACCUAGAGAAUGAUAUCACUAAUUGAUAAUAAGUGACUAUAAAAAUGAAAGAGUUGAGGUCAACCCCACCCUUUCCUAGUCCUUAUGCUAAAUGGCAGAGAUUUUCUUCAGCCCUUUCUAAUAGUAUAUUCCUCUAUAGGAACCCCAACCAACUCAUGGGCUAUAGCCAAAGGUUCACUUGAAUAAGCUUUAAUGUUUAGACAAUACCAUGCUUGAAUGUUUCCAACCUGAAGUAUAUAUUGUCUAGACAUAAAAAUAUUUUUGUCAGCCUUUCUUAGUGCCUAUGUGGAUUUUUGUGAAAAUGUUAAAAAAGGAUGAUUAUAUAAUAUUUCCCUUGGAAUUUUAAGCUAUAUUUUCUUUACAGGUUAUUUUUAAUGUACCAAUGCUUUUAUCAAACAGAAUUUUAAAAGGCAUAAUAAAUUGUAUUAAAGAGAAAAAAGCUUUCAUGAGAAUAAGAAUGUUUCGUCCAAUAAAUUAGUUUUAAAGGCAUGUCCCUCUGUGAAUGGAAACGUAUAUAUAUAUAUACAUAAACAUAAUGCUGUGAUGCUAAAAGUUAUGUUUAUCUAAUAUCCUAAUACACUGUACAACUGAGACAACAGUCUAACGUGGUCUUACACUUCUUAAUGGAACUCCUACAUUACACACUUGAUGUAUUAACCAGAAUAUGUAAAUAAAUCAGAAGAAUAAAUGGUUCCUCACUGAGUCAAAAAGGAAAAGCUCAUGUU